GUUAGGCUCUGGUUGCUUACCGUGUUCUUGGACCGCUUAUUGAGGACUCGUUAUUCUAUAAUGCGAAACUAGCUGGUUUCUGCGGCCAUUGCUCAGACUUCAAGCGUCCCGACGACCAUCCUCCUUUGCAUAUCACGCCAUCUCUCUCAAAGUGUUGUUCCCAACAGGACGCCGUCCGCUUUUGCGGACUGGCAUUUCCCAAUUCUGCCUCGCUAUGGCAGGCGAUGCCCAGCGUGGUCUCAAUGUUCGUUUCCUGGCGACAUGGCACCAGGAUGCCGACGAAGCGUCAAGAGGCAGCGGGAAACGCCGGCUGUCAGGCCGCAUACAUAUUCUGGGCCUUGGGAACAUUGGUACAUUCGUUGCUCACUCACUGGCAAGCCGGUCAUCUCCGCCACCUGUUACGCUUAUGAUGCACACGCCCAACCUCUAUAGGUCCUGGCUGGAGAGGAAGAAAUGCUUAGCAAUCAAUACUAAUGGCCUGGAUGAUAUAAAAACGGGCUUCGAUGUCAAUGUAUUGAAUGAUAAGACAUGGCUUUCGGUACCGUAUUGGAACCAGGAUGGUACGACGGAGAAUGGCAAUGAAAGCAUUGAUGAAUACGCCCAACAAGCCGCUACUGAUGGAGCUUCGGCCGAAGACGAGCGGAUUGAAUGUCUGAUCGUCGCCGUCAAAGCGCCAGUGACCGCAACGGCUAUGGAGUCUGUCAAGCACCGUCUGACGCCUGAUUCAACAGUUUUGUUUCUCCAGAACGGCAUGGGUGCCAUCGAUGAGGUUAAUGAGAAAGUUUUCCCGGACCCCCGGUAUCGUCCGCACUACAUGUGUGGUAUUAUCUCUCACGGUUUGGCGCGGAGAAAAGAGCCAUUUCAAGUCUCUCACACCGGUGUUGGCACAACUAUCUUGGGCUCUGUUCCACUGGCCGGUGCUGUGACCUCAACAAAUGAGGGGGAUUCGAACUGGGCCCCAAGCACCAAAUACCUGUUGCGCACAUUGACGCUCACCCCGCCUCUGGUUGCUGUUGCGGAAACCCCUUCCUCCCUCAUACUAUACCAGCUUGAGAAGCUUGCAAUGAAUAGUGUUAUCAAUCCUUUAACAGCUAUAAUGAACUGCAAGAACGGUGAACUUCUCUACAACUACAGCUUCACGCGCAUUAUGCGAUUGCUUCUCAUCGAGAUCUCAAGCGUCAUCUGUGCUCUCCCCGAGCUGCAAGCAGUUCCUGGAAUCGAAAGUCGUUUCUCUCCCGAACGACUGCGAAUGAUGGUUACGCAGCUGGCAAACAAAACUGCAAAGAACCAUAGUUCCAUGCUGCAGGACGUGUUGUCAAGGAAAACCACGGAAAUUGAGUACAUGAACGGUUACAUCAUACGGAGGGGCGAGGAACUUGGCAUUAAAUGUGUGGUGAAUUAUACAAUCAAACACCUGGUUCUCGCCAAACAUCUACAAACAAAACAGAUGGAAUCGGGUGCCAUUCCGAUUGAUUUGCCCCGAGAGCCCAAAAUGUGAACCUACUCUCACAUCUGUAUACAUAUAAUAAAUUCGACUUCGUGACACCAUGCGCAAGCAAAUCCACUUUAUUGAAUAUAUGGAUCUAACAGGAAACAGCUUCCGAAGCCUUGGCACAUAGGUCCCUGAUUUGGGUCCAUCGCUUCAUCAGCAUCUUUAUCUUUUGCUGAUCUUUCAACUCCGCUUGGCCAGAUCCAGUUUUCUC